UGGCCGCCUUCUUGAAGCAACGUUGUUAAGGCUCUUUCGCUUUCAUAGGUACAUACUGAGCCUAUUUCGACAACACAUUGCUUGAGAAAUGCACAAGAUUAAACAUGCACCCAUCAAUAUUCAAUGCACCCAUCUGGAUAUUAAAUAACGCGUGCGCGUAAAUUGUCAGAUCUUGAGAUGAAAGUUCCGUAGUUGUUGGAUGGCAAACUGUUUCUUUUUCGUUACCCAGCUUCAAGUCAUUUAAGCUAAAGUUGCCCAUCCAGUGCCUGAGCUAUCAAAGAUUUGCUAUUGAUGUCGAAGUGAGACUGAUCAUUGGCUAAUGAAAGCAGUAACAAAAAUAUGGAGCUCAGCUCUGGGACUCUUCCCAUGGUAACAAACAAUGGCCAACCUUGCAUCUAUCAUCAAAAAAUAAGUUCAAGCAUGUCCUUCAAGUAGGCUUCACGUGACUAUUGGGUUGCUUAAUUGCGAAAAUCAGUCAGGACGAGACGCCAAGAAAGCAUUGUUUCAUACAGACGUCGGUACAUAACAUGCUUGAUGAGGACCAAGUUUAACUUGUAUAGAAGUGUUCAAGACAAGUAGUUUGGCGAGCAGAAGUUUUUCUAAGGAAGGCAGCAAUGCCGUACAAAGCAGAAACUUUGGUAGGAUACGCUAAGUGAAUCUUAGUAUGCUCUUUGAGGAAUUUCAGCAACUGGUUCGCGUUCUUUAUAGGCUUAAAAUUUUUUAUCAAAAUUUGUCUGUGGAUAUACAAGAUUUUGCAAGAUUGAUUGAAUGUGGUUUCAGUGAAUUGAGUUUAUAAGCUGAUAAUGAAAUAGAUAUACACCGAAUUGCCAGGUCCUUCAGCUGCCUUUGCUUUUAAACUGAAUCUUAUCGAUAGAAUUUGAGAGACGAUUAUCUGUUUACUCAGAACAUAUCGAGCGAUUCUUGUUUACAAAGGAAAGCUGUUAUAACAGGCGUGUUAGGGAAUAACGAAGCUGUAUCUUUCUUCAAGAAAUCUGCAUUGUCUGUUGGAAGAGGCGUAAUUGCUGCAACAUUAAAAAGUGCACGUUAGAGAACUAAACAAUGAUUAUAUUGUCAUUUGCGACACAGAUGUCUGUAUAGCUGCAUACGCGAAUAGGAUAUUUCAAUUGAAGUAUUAUGACACUCUCUUCUGGAUGCGUGAAAUUCAUUUGACGACUUAAAAGCUUUAUUGCGAACGUUUAUUGCUGUUAUUGUACGAGGGUUGACGAUUUUUGAAAGCUAUUGAACAAUUUUUCUAAGUAAUGCGGAAAACGACUUUCAUAGCAUAACCAAUAUGCACGAAGAAAGCAUAAAAUGCAAUCAUAGUAUCUCAUGACAAAUGCUUAGCAGAUACAAGAUGUAUAGUACAAGCGAUCUAGUUACUAUGAAACGACGCAAAUCUUCCAUUGGAUGCCUGUGGAAGUUUAGUGAACAGUUCUUAAUCCACGUAAUUUGCCCGGAUAACUCCAGUUUAACAUUGAUUCAUAGCAUCAAGGAGUCUUGCUGUAAUGUUUUGACAAGUGCUUGCGCACGUUUAGGUAUCGCAGAGACAGAUAUAUUUGGAUUGGCUUUGUACAGAUAUAAUGAAUAUCACUUUCUUGGCGGAAACAAGUGCUUGAAUAACAUUUUCCCAAAGUGGGCCACUGUAACAGGGGAAAGCCUUUCUGGUAGCGAUAAGUGUCAUUCUGUUGCAGACACGUUGAUUAAAACAUGUAAGAUGUAUUUAAGAAUUAAACACAUUGUAUCAUCACUCGAUAUUCUCAGCCCCAACACUAUUAGAUUCCUUUACGAGCAGCUUCGAUGGGACUUGAUCAAAAUGCACAACCUUCUUGGUUUCGAGGAUUACAAUGACGAAUGUAUCAAGCUUGCUUUUUACGCGAUGCUAAUAGAUCCUUGUGAUGGGAAACUGUUGAGUCAAGAUGGCAUAAUUUCCUAUUACUUGCCUCAAAAAGUCAUCAAAGCAAAUACAAUGGAUAGUAUCAUUUCAGACAUUUGCAGUAUUUCAAGAAAUCUACCAAUUAUGACACUCUUUGAAGCACAGAUUUCUUUUAUCAAGUUGGCUUUAAAGUUGCCAGUUGUUGGUACCCAUAUCUUUUACGGAGAUAUAGCUGACAGUAACAUAGUGCCAGUUACAAAUUGUUUAAUAAGCGUUGGCCCUAAUGGUAUUCGGAUUUUCUUUGAUGAAAAUGGCAAUGUUAGGCAAUUUGUAAAAUGGGACGUACAAGAGAUUGACGAAAUAUCGUUUAGCAAGAAUGUUGUAACUAUCCUUGGUGACGACGACGAUAAUGAAGAAACUAACCUGCAGCUUUAUAAUAAAUCUAAAGCAAAGCGUUUCGCAAAAUUUUGCAAAGAAAUUCAGCGCUUCGAUGAGACGACCUUUGUCGAUGCUGUGCUUGUAUCUGCAAAUUGGAAUCGGAGAAUUGAAAACAGCAAUGGCAAUAAUAGCAGUGUCAUUGUUAAAACACCGAAACGUAAGAUUUCCAUGGUUGACAGAAAAUCAUCUCGAUUGCAAUAUCCCUUGAAUGACAAGCGACUGAGCGAAAGACGACCAAGUGACCAAUUUUGCGGUAUGAGGAGGGACAGCCACUUUUCGUAGCGUUGUUGUAUUUUGUGUGAUUAUAAUUAAAGACAUCUCCUGGAGUUUUUAUGACAAUAGUCUUAGUUACUUAGCUACUUGCAUAGAAUCAAGAUAGCUUUUUGAAAUUUCGACAUGUUUUGUCAGAAGUCGAUCUCAGCGAUGGGUUUUUGAUAUUCUAUAAACAAUACCUCUUAAUAGCAGAGGGCAUCUUGGCAAAGAUAGGGAUAGUCUAAUCUGAAAAUUCGCUUUUGAUUGUGGGCCUUAAACAAGAGACCGGAAAUAUAACGAUUUAGAAAAGAAGCAUUCUGACUUAAAAAAAUGCUUGUUCUGGUGAAAGAUUCUUGAGC